AUGGACUUCGACGACACCAAAAACACAAAGUCAUACUCUGAUGCCCUCAAGGUGGACCCCAAUUCGAUCAUUACGACUUCAAUUGAUGCAGUUCCCGUGACUGUUGAGCGGAAGCCGUAUCAGCCGGGCGUUGACAAGCCCCGGCUGGCCCAUGCUGGCGUUGCGAGAGCCAAUCUUGCUGCGACUCAUGAACGCCCUGAGGGCACGACAGAAAGCAACUGGGCUCAGCGGCACCAGGAUCAAACUGUUCUGCAGCAGCACUGCGAUUUCUUCGACAAGGACCACGAUGGCGUGAUCUGGCCACUGGAUACCUUCAGAGGUUUCUAUCAACUAGGUUACGGGAUAAUUCUAUCCGUCAUCUCGGUACUGGUCAUCCACGGGAAUUUCUCAUACCCAACCCAGUCCUCUCUCCUCCCUGAUCCCUUUUUCCGAAUCCACACAAACAACAUUCACAAGGACAAGCACGGUAGUGACACUGGGACCUAUGAUACUGAAGGGCGAUUCGUACCUCAGAAGUUCGAGGACAUUUUCUCCAAGUAUGCCGAAGGUCGUGAUUAUUUGACGAUAUGGGACGUCAUGAAUUUGAUGAAGGGUCAGAGGUUGAUCGCUGAUCCCAUUGGAUGGGGCGGAGCAUUCUUCGAAUAUUUGAUGCCUAACUUCAAUCUCUUUUCUAUUUACCAUUUGCUGUGCUAUAAAAUCGACACCGGUCGCAACCAUCCAGCCCCGCUUGGUACAUCAUGGCUAACACGCCAUGCCUAUGGACAAAAGCGCGUGAAUGUCAAAGAAUGGUUAGCCUCCCUCGAACAAGGCAUACAGCCCAACGCGACAGCGACCGAACAGAUCGACGCGCUCAUCGAACAGACAACAAAGAAGCAGAAAGUCCUUGAUAAACCCAACCAUAGGUUCAGAAAGUAUUUCGACAAGAUCAUACAUUGGUUGGAUAAGGUCAAAGGAAUUGGUGAUGUCGUGUCUUCCUUCGACCCCGUUCAUGCUGCGCUUCCAUGGGCUGCUUUCCGUUUCGCCCUACAGGCUGUACUGGCCGAAAAAGAGCAAGCAGAGAGCGUCCUUGAACUCCUCGCCUCGACCCCGCACUUCGUUUUCUCAGGUCGCGUUCUAGAGAUGGUCUACACAAAAGACUCUAUGCAUAUCGGAGAAGCCCAGGACGAUAUCAAACUCACUCAACAAUGCCUCGAUCACUUGCAUGAGGAACUAAUCAAGUUUUACUCGUCGCUACUUAGCGCUCUGCAGUAUUGCUACAGAAUUUCGAGCAAGGAUAAGGUCAAACGCAAAGCCAUCGCGAUAUUCAAUCCAUCCGAGGUAGUGAGCAUCCGCAAGGACCUUGAAGUACAGCACAAAAAGGUCAUAGCUUGCGGAGAGAACUGCCACAAAAUCUUCAAUCACACGUUGUCGAGCAAAUCUCUCGAUCUGUUGCAGAAGAUCCAGCCAACUCUCACCAAGAUAGGGGACCGAGUCCAAAAACUGCUUGUACGGAUUGAUGAAGAGAAACGACGCAAGACACUUGGUGCGAUCUCUUCGAUCUUGUUUCGUUCUCACCAUGACGAAGUCAGUCGAAAACGAACCACAGGCACUUGUGAAUGGAUAUUGAAGCGGGAGACGUUCAUUCGUUGGGAGGAGAGUGAUUCAUCAGUUACCAUUCUUUACGGGAAUCCUGGAGCCGGUAAAACAUUUCUCAUCUCACGAAUAAUCGACUAUUCAAUUGAGAGGGCUAAAACUGGGGAUGCAGUCGCCUUUUUCUACUGCAAGAGAGACGAAGAGAAUCGGCGGAAUCCUCAGGAUAUCCUCCGCAGCAUUCUUCGUCAACUAUCCACGCCCAUCAAGGAAGUCGAAAGUGCAACAAUCCAUAUCGCUGUCAAAGACCUGCCAAGCAGACUUGAACUUAACGGUACAACAUUCGACGUUGCGACUUGCGAAAGUCUUAUCGGGAAGCUUGCAGAUGAUUAUCGCAGGACUACUAUUAUUCUCGAUGCUCUGGAUGAGUGUGAUAGAAACACUCGAGAGGAACUUAUGAGAGUCCUCUCGAAUUUGACGAAUGAACGCUCAAAGCUCCGUGUCUUCAUCUCCAGCAGGCAUGACGAGGACAUUCUACGCCACUUCAAGGGAAGACCUGUUAUGACGGUAGAAGCAACGGACAAUGAAGAAGACAUCUCCUCUUAUGUACAGGAUAAGCUCUUUCGAGACACUCGUUGGUCCGACAUAGGUCCCAGGUUCCAGGAAGAGGUCCAAUCGGUGUUUCACAAGAAAAGCCAAGGAAUGUUCCAAUGGGCAGCACUGCAGGUUGAUCAGAUCCGACGACUUAAGCUAUGGAGCGAAAGGAGUAUCAGGGAGCAACUCGAAACCUCACCCAUUGGACUGAAAGGCGCUUACGAUGUUGUCUGGAAUCAGAUCCAAGAGAUGUCCUCAUACGAACAACAGCUAGCUAGACGAGCCUUGCAAUGGGUUCUUUGUGCAUUCAGGCCUUUGAAGACGACUGAGCUAUCGCUAAUGAUGCUCAUAGAACGUGACUCUGGUACGAUAGAGGGUGACAUAGUCUUCACGCCAGAGACUAUCCAGAGUAUCUGUGGAAACCUGCUAGUGUACGAUCGGCAGUCGAAUGUUUGGCGGUUCUCGCAUUUAUCGGCACGAGAAUACAUUGAGACGCAUCAUUACAACAUGAUUGAAUCGCAUCACCACAUUGCCAUCUCUUCUAUCAGAUUCCUCGAGAGAGAUCUAGUCCUGAUGCCGCGAGAUACGAAGCCAUUUCCAGAACCUGAACCUACUCUCUGGGUCAUUGCAAGAAAUCGAUCACAUGCAGAUGGUCCUUGUGUUAAACUGACAGUUCAGUGUCACUAUAUAGUUAAAUCUCCAUAUCGAACAUCAACACCUUUGCAGGUGAUGUCCAUCUACGGACUCUUUCAUAUUUUGAGAGACCUCUGGGAGAAUGCUGGUGGUGAGCUUGACAUAUGUCCUAAGUCGACAUCGUCUCCUCUUACACUAGCCGUCCAAAAUGGGCAUGAAUCUAUGUGGAGAUUUAUUUUGCUCGCAAAAGGAAAGCUUAACAACGGCUACCCAGGACCUCUUGUAGCAGCAAUACAGCACAACAAUGAGAAAGCUUUUGAGGCUCUGAUUGAAGCCAAGGCAGAUGUGAACUAUGGUACUUUCACCUGGCCUUAUUGCACAGGAGAGUUCGAUACACCCUUAAAAGCUGCUUUAUCGUCUUCAAUAAAGCAAAAUCGAAGAUACAUCAUACAGAGACUGCUUGAUGGAGGGGCAGAUGUCAACCUAAGGAUUGGAAGUGUAACUGCUAUGGAGCUCGCUAUCAAGUCCGCGGAUGAGGAAACCGUCAAGCUACUUCUCGACGCAAAUACAAAGGCGUACAACCCAAAUUACUUUCUCAGCCUGGCAGCUCAGAACGAGAAAUUUAACCUCAUAACGCUGUUCGUGAAUCUUGGUGCCAAUGUCGAAGAGCCGUGGGAAGGGGCCUUGCCAUUAGUAUUGGCAUUGAGGGAGGGAAAUAUCUCGGCUGUUCAAUAUUUACUGGAGAUGCCAGAUAUCCUUUGGGCCGACUGA